GCUUCUUCCACCGAUCCACACCAGGCACCAGAGUACAUUCCAACUAGUCCAACACUCCUUCCACGAACGAUCUAAUUAGGGAAGUGAAGUAUUGGCAAGCCAAAAACAAUGGCGGUCAAACAAGGAAAUUUGAUUUCUCUUUUUAUUUUACUGACAUUGAGCUUACCUUGGACUACCACAGCAGCCGAAUGCACCCAGAGUGAUAUUUCCAAACUCUCGGUGUCGGGUUGUACUUGUCCAUCAUCUUUUCAUGCCUGCUCAAACACCUGCCCCCUUGGCAAUGGAUGUGGGCAAAACUCAAACCUAGUCGAUAAGUGUGAUGUAGGCUGUACAGAUGACAAUAAGGGCUGUGAGACCUGCAAUUUAUACUUUGGUGGCCUGUGUCGGUGCUUACGGGACGGUGACUGCUUUCACGAUUCGUCUACUGGUUCUUGGACGCUGCUCCAUUCCAAAACAUUAAUUACCACCCCACAUCUUCUGCCAGGGAUCUUGGACCUAGGCCCAGACAAUAAUGGCUGGAGACUAGGACAAAUCACGCUAUUGACGGGGCAAUUUUCCAGCUGGGACGAUGGAACUCUAGCGAUGAACUCAGUCACCUCAAGGACGGAAGAGCAGAUUCACAUCCAUGUGUGCGAUAGGCCGACAAGCGUCCUGCGAAAAUAUCUUGAACAGAAAGAUGCAGUACACUAUAGCCGUCUUACGCCGAUGGAUUUCGACCAGCUUGGUUUCCAAAAGGACAGCGUACAUUGUCAGGCAGCGAAGACAAAGGACUUUGACAUGGCAAAACUUGUAUCGGACUAUUUGAACACCUUGGGCGCAGGUUGUGCUAAAUACCAUACAGGAGCUGGACUUAUCACAGAUAAAUAUGGUAAUACAUGGGGGUGCGUCACCACACAAGGAUCCGCAGAAUUUCUUUUUUGUAUGAAUUAGUACUUCGAAGUGCCGACAGGAGAAAGGUUAUCAUGUGUUAUCAGCUUUCAUGUA